AUGGGCUCAUCUACGUCUGAAGAUAUGUUCAUGUUGUCAUCAGACUCUAGCGACGAAGAGGAUGAUUUGCUGUUCAAGGUCGUCAUCGAGGAGGAACAACUUGGUGCCCAAGAUCGCCGCCGCCAUCGUGGCUCCGUGCCAGGACAUGCGGUCAUAGACCGUGGGCACCAGGAAGGUGCUGCUAGGCUAUUUCAGGAUUACUUCGCUGACAUGCCAGUGUAUGGUGAUACAUUGUUCCGUCGUAGGUUUCGGAUGAGUCGUCCAUUGUUCUUGAGAAUUGCCGCUGCUGUGGAGAACCACGACCCAUGGUUUCGGCAGGGGAGGGAUGCCGCCGGAAAGCUGGGCCUAAGUCCCCUCCAAAAGAUGACAGCUGCCAUAUGUCAAUUGGCAUACGGAGUCAGUGCGAACGCGGUGGAUGAGUAUGUUCGGAUCGGGGCUAGCACAGCGAGGCUCGCCCUGAGAAAGUUUGUGCAAGCUGUUGUCCGGAUUUUCUUCGAGCAGUACCUCCGUGCUCCCACCGCGGAGGAUACUGCUCGACUAUUAGCCAUUGGCGAGCAGAGAGGGUUCCCCGGGAUGCUGGGGAGUAUCGAUUGCAUGCAUUGGGUUUGGAGGAACUGCCCGAAAGCAUGGCAUGGUGCAUAUACCGGUCAUACACGCAAACCCUCCAUAGUUUUGGAGGCGGUUUCAUCGUAUGAUCUUUGGAUAUGGCAUGCUUUUUUUGGGAUGCCCGGUAGUCUUAAUGACAUAAAUGUUUUGCACCGCUCUAACAUUUUUAGCAGGGUCACGGAUGGAACUUCGCCCCCUGUGUCAUACACCAUUAACGGUAACACGUAUGACAUGGGGUACUACCUAGGUGAUGGAAUUUACCCCGAAUGGGCGACCCUAGUUAAGCCUAUUUCAACACCUAGGGGGAACAAGAGCAUGUAUUUCUCUGCCAAGCAAGCAUUUGUCCGGAAAGAUGUUGAACGCGCAUUUGGCGUGCUGCAGUCGAGGUUCGCCAUAAUUCGCGGUCCAGGAAGAAUGUGGGAUGAAAGCACACUGCACAACAUUAUGACUGCAUGUGUCAUAAUGCACAAUAUGAUCAUUGAGGAUGAGGGGACCGGCACAGAUGUGGACGAGGUGUUUGAUUACAUGGGCGAGAAAGCGACAGCCCGCCGCAAUCCUGACCAAGCUGUCCUGAAAUACAUAGAAGUCACUGAAGCAAUCAGGAACCGGGCAUUGCACCACCAACUACGUGAUGAUCUCGUGGAGCACUUAUGGAGUCGUCAUGGAGCACAUUAG